AUGGCGCUCAACUUUGAUAAAAUGUGGCAGGAUCCGGUCACUGCCAUGGACCACGCCAGUAUUGGCGAAUAUCUCGGAGGCGAUCUGAUUGGGCAAGCCAACUACUGCGCCAUCCGACUGAGUCACGGCUUGAUGGCAAGCGGCCACAAGAUUACACAGCCGUCCGACUUCCGCGACCGAGAAGGCAACAAAUACAUCAUUCGGGUCGCCACCAUGCAGUCUUACCUGUCAAAAGUGCUUGGCACGCCGAAGGAAGUCACUUCAAAGCAGGCUAUUGCGGGCCGCCGCGGCAUCGUGCUGUUCACCAUUGCUUACUCCGACGCCACUGGCCACGUCACUCUGUGGAAUGGCAGCGACCUUCGCCAUCCAGCUGGUACAGUUGAUGAACAGUUCAGGAAGUCUACGAAAACCUUCUUCUGGCAGCUGUGAGCGGCAUCGCUCUGCGGUAGCGCUGCUGCUCAUCGAGCUGUUGACGAACGAGUCAAUUGCACUUUGACUCGUUGAUCGUCGUGUCAUUGAUGCAUCGGUUAAGUGACCAGAAGGCAUGCCUCCACAUGACAACCGCCCGCGGACCAAGAUGAAAAGAGUUAGGCGGCUUGAAUUUCUGAUUCGCUAAAGCGUUUUCGAAUUCUGCGACGAACAUUCGAGUUUUGUUUUUUUAAAAUUGGAUUGUGUCACCAC